CGCGUUUGGCGCACCAACCUUCAUUGGGACGCGCUUGGCGCACCACCGUAACUUUUGACUUGCAUUGCCUACGCGUCCUCAGGAUGCACGGCGCACUGACCUGACGGUUUUUUUUAAGGAUUUUGGCGUUUUCGCGUUUCCCCAGCUGCCCAACGCUCCCUCACGUGAGACCACGCGGCGCCCUUGGUGCCGCGGUGCCCGAGGCGCCCCCCCCCCCCCCGAGGCGCCUGCGCUGUUGCCGGCGUGCGGUGGCCCCGAGAGCGCUGUGGCGGCCGACGGGCGCAGGCGGCGCGAUGGCCGCCCGCCGCGGCUUCGCCCUGCCGCUCCUGGCCCUGGCCUGCGCGCUGCUCGCCCUGCCCGCCGCCUUCGUGCCCGCGCCCGCGGGGCAGGCCCAGGGGACCCGGCGCGGCGCCCUCGCCCUGGGCACCUUCGGCGCCGCGGCCGCCGCAGGGGUGCUGCCCGCUUUUGCGGAGAAGUCGAAGGACUAUUUCAUCCUGCCCGAGCUCCCUGGCCCGUUCGAGGUGGACCCCAAGGAGGCCAUUAUCGUGGGUGACGCGGAUGCCCCGAAGGCGAAGGAUGCCAAGGCCAAGGUGGUGAAGUUGUUGGAGGACCAACUUCGAAGCGGAAGGUGUCCUCGCCAAGCUUGAUGAGGACGCCCAAGCGGACGUCAGCUACGCAGUCCAAGAUUUUGGCAUCGCGGACCUGCGCCAGGCGACGAACACCAUCAACAACCUAAUGGACGAGGCCACCGCGGCGGGCACGCAG